AUGCCGACAAAAGGCCGGACACCAUGCGGCUCGUCCGGCGGCUCGUCUCACAACCACGCCACGAAACAACAGUCCAUUUACGACUUUUUCUCGCAGCCCGUUACGACCACGCAGCAGCCUUACGUCGGCCGCAAGCUGCGCCGCAAAACACGUCGGUCCCUCGAAGCUUCCGCCAAAAGUACCCAUUUCCGAAAUACCGCCACACGAAUGAAACCCGUGGACCCCAAAACCAGUUUGACCUACAGACGCCACGACAAUUCUAACAAACACGACGUUAACGACCUUGUCGCUGGUAACAAACACCAAGUCACCCACAGCCCCGGUCAUAACCUUGUUAAGACCAUUCUUAACAGCACUUCUACCACCAAGACCACUGCCGACGAAGACGAGUUCCUGCCGAAACGGAUCGACUACGACAGCAGCAGCGAUGGCACCAGCACCAAUUCCAGCAGCACGAGGCGGCACCAGAAGCUCAGGCCAAGCGACGUCUCGAUCACCUGCAGCAGUCAACGCAGCACAGAGCCGGACAUCGAGCCUACAAGUGUUCACACGCCCGUGCGCUGUGAGCUGCUGCGUUCUGCCAGUCAAAGCAGUUUUCAAACGCCUUUGCAGCCCCAGUCACUCCGUCACUAUCACUUGAGUCAGCAGCAGCCUCAGGCGCCCUUUUCUGGGCUGUCGACGUCCAGUCAAGACGAUCUGGACUUCCUCACGCCCAGGGACCAGCCUGUGAUUCCCUUGUCGAAUCCCAACACGCCGUCGCCACUGAAGAAACGCGCGCGGCUGGAGAGUGACGUCGAGUUGAUCCCGGAGGAACCGGUGCAGAACUUGACGCAGGACAUGACGCACAUGGACGUGCGUCAGGUGAAACGAGGUCCGCCGUCGUUCUUCUCGAGUCAGUCGUCCAUGGACGUGUACGGGUCGUCCCCUUUGAGGAAAAAAGAUGUUGAUGUCGUUGUGCGUGCCAAGCGAGAACGACAGACGGGAGAACACACGACGUCGCUCUUGUCCGCGGAGAGUUAUGUGAACCCUUUUGCGCCCGAGCCAACCACCGAGUCAGGGAAGAAGAAGAAGAUAUCAAGACGCAAGCGACGGUCUUUCCCGUCUACGUGGGUGGGGGAACAGACCGGAUCACCUCUUGCCAAGUAUUUAUCAGAUUUCUCGGAACUUGGAUUGAUCGGAUCGGGAUCGUUUUCAAAGGUGUACAAGUGUAUUAAAAAGAUUGACGGGUGGGAGUACGCCGUCAAGAAGAAUAAGCGUCAUUUCCGUGGAAAGGCAGACACGGAGCGAGCAUUACGAGAAGUGCAGGCGCUAGCAGCACUGAGCAGCAGCAACCACGUUGUUCGGUAUUUCGACGCUUGGAUUGAAGAGGACUUGCUCUACAUCCAGCUGGAACGUCUAGAUGGUUGCUCGCUCGACAGUUUUGUCAACAAGUAUGCGCCGCACAAGGUUCCAGAGGAAGUGUUGUGCAAGUUGUUGUGCCAUAUUGCGCAGGCUUUAUACGACAUGCAUAGCAAGAAGAUGGUGCACAUGGACGUCAAGUUGCAAAAUGUCUUGGUUGGUCCGGGGGAAGUCUACAAGCUCGGCGAUUUAGGGACUGUUGCUCACUUAGAUGGCAGCAUGGAGAUCACAGAGGGCGACAAUCGGUAUCUUAGUCGGGAGCUCCUUGAAGGCAAUCGCAACAACUUGCGCGCUGGCGACAUCUUUGCUUUGGGAGCCACGAUCUAUGAGCUCGCGCUCGGCACGACGCUGGCUAGUGGCGGUGAAGAGUGGCAGCAAAUUCGCGACGGAGACCUCGUGAUGUUCCGACAAUACUCCAACUCGCUCCAGCACUUGAUCGCUAGUAUGAUGCAUCCAGACGCACUGCAGCGGCCACUUGCUGAAGAUAUUCUACAGCACGAGGUGGUGCUUCCCUUUCGAUAG